AAAGUGUAAAGGCGCGUGCCUCGUCGUUUCCGAAACCAGUCCGUGUACGGUCUUCACUCAUAAUUAUAAUUUCCUCGGGUAAAGUUUCAUUUCGUUUUACCUCGCAUUUCUCAUUUGUUUUACGUCAUAAUUGUCUACUGUCUGAAGUAAAUUUUGGUUUAUUGUCGAAAAUUGUUUUGUACCUUUUUUCUGUAUUAAAAAAAUACAAAAUUUGAUUAUAUAAAACUAAAAAAUUUAAUUUAAAACAUUCAUAUAAUGUAAAAACCUAAAACUUUUCCUCUAUUAUUUAUUCAUUUUUAUUAAAUAAAAAAACUGUAUUUUUUUCAGCAGCUUCAAACGGCAUAAUUAUAUAUUUACAGCUUAUGUCUAUUUUUUCAUAUCCGUUUAAAUAAUACUGCAAGUAAAGUAUGUCAUGAGCAUUUACUCCUCAAGUUUGAUUUUUUUCAUCACCUUUAAUACCCCAGUUUAUUCCAGACACACUGUUAUCUAAUGAUUGAAAAACUUCAACUUAUGCCAUGGCUUGUCAUUCUUACACUAUGCAUUGAAGCGGACACCCGUAAAAUAUUAAUUCCUAAAAUUGAAAUCAAUAUGAUGUUGCAAGAGCUUUCCUCACAAGAAGCGAAAGAUUUCAUGAAAAAAUCACAAAACACGUCCAACUCCGAUUCCAUCAACAAUUCCACUUUGUCUUCGGAAGAUGCCGACGAUUCAUCAACGGAUUUGAUCAGUUCAGUUGUGUCCGUUCCACCGGAAAGUUCUGAUGCCGUCACCACACCGGACAGCAGCGACUUCAAUGAACCGGAAGCCGUGACGCCAUCAAGGCCAAUGAUGUUGUCCGAAUUUGCAAGUCACCUAGCCGGCGGGAUUCGGCAAAGAGUAGAAACGACGACACUGCCGUUACCGGAAUUUCCGACUCCAAAAUCGUCGGUGUUCAGUGUACUUCCUGAUGAUACGUUCCCUGAUAUGGUGGCAGAGGCCAAAGACUUUAUCCGCCGAUACCUGUCCCCUGAACAAUGGAGAAAACUAAGAAUUUUAUUGCGGACUAUGAAGGAAGUUGGGGGAUCCCGACAGGAUAUUCAUAGAGCUGCAACAGUUUUUAUUUCAAAAGUUAUAUCCAAAUCGGAAAUGGCGGAGAUCACAGAACGGAAGCAAUCUUUGUUUGAAACUUUUAAUAAGAGAUAUUUCGCAAAAGCGUAAAUUUUAAUUUACAGUUUCAAAUUUCGAAUCUCAGUGUUUUUAUAAAACUAUCACAUAUAUGUAAUAAAUAAUAAAACAAGUAUCAC